CAAAUGUCGAAAAUUUAGUAAGGGUUUUACAGAUAUCCAAUAAUAUAAUGCCACGUGGAAAUUAAACAGCAUUUGAUUGGUUAAUAAAUUGGGAUAAAACUGUAAUUUCGUAAACAUUCCUUAUUUUCCUUCUUUUUUUUUUUUGACAAAAAUUUCGUAACAUCUUCUUCAAACUCAGAAAGUAUUAGCAAAUUCCUCUUUGGCGCUCUCUUCCUGUUCCUCCUCUCGUUCUAAAGAUUCAAAGAACCCCGGCGAUACUGAAUUUUCUGGAGUUAUGGAACACGGGUCGUUUUCAGAUCUUAGUAAAUCAUCAUUUUCUUUGACGGAUGAGGAUCAUACAUUGGCAAACUCAAUUAGGUUCACUUUGAAUCAGGAUCCAAGAGUAACAUUCUGUGGAUACAGCAUUCCCCAUCCUUCAGACAAUCGUGUUAACAUUAGAAUUCAGACAACAGGUGAGCCGGCAACAGAUAUAAUGAAAGAUGCAUGCCAGGAUCUAAUGUUGGUAUGCAAGCAUGUCAGGGAAACUUUUGAUCAAGCUGUUGUUGAUUUCAAAAAGAGCAACAAUGACAUGGAUGUCAACUAGUUUUGAACUCAAUUAAGUUGCUAAGUUGUGCACACUUACGUUAAUUUUGAUGGUAAAUGUAAUUGAAGACAGUUGAACAACACAACAUGUUUACUUAUUUAUUAAUAAUUAUUGUUAUAAAAAAAAGCAAUGAUUUCUGAUCGUUUGCUU